AUGGAUUAUGUCACGACCCUAAGUCAGAUAACCUUGGGUGAUUAUUGUAAUAAAGUGUAUCAAUAUGAACGGUGUUCUAGGGACUGGCACUUCGACGCUAGUGAAAGAAAUUGGCAUCCUAUGGCUUCACCAAACCUUUAUUUAAUACACUACCGAGCCUCUCGGAGAUGCCUGGACGUUGCUAGUAAUGGAUACUCAUGGGAAUCAUCUUAUUCCUCUGUUUGUUGCUAUUUGCCAGAAAAAUAA